AUGCCAGCAUCACCCGCAAAGAGGCAGUGCACUCCUUCUGACUCCUGCUCUGGGUCCAACAACCACUACACCGACGUGUCGUCUGAUGCGUCUGCCUCUUCAGAUGAGGACCAACGCAAUGCCACAUCAUCCCGUGAGAAUGGUACGGGCAAGGGUCGAGAUGACCAACAAGACCGCCGCAAAAGCAAGCACCGCAGCAAGAGUCACCGUCGCCAGCGCCAUAAGAGUGUUCGCGCCGAUGACUCGGACACCAACCUUUCUCCUCGGGAGUGGACCGAGAAGCAAAACAGCCUGAUCAUGAAGUGGCUGCUCGCAAAACCUCAACGGGCGGUCUACUUUGUCCACAAGGGUCGCCACGGGCUAGCUCGCGGCGACGCAUCUCGCUGGGGUGCUGCUCUCUAUGGGCUCUGCUGGGGUGAAUUGGAUCGCAACAUGCGUCCCAAUGAGGCCCUUGCAGUGAUGAACAAGCACAUCGAUGUCAUGAAGGGCAUCGCAAUGAGGGUGGAUGAAAACCUUUCGAUAUCAGGCAGAAUGUACUCGGUUGCCGGCCUCCGUGAAAAGGCCGACGCUGCGAUUGCAGCCAAAAACAAGCUUCUGACGCUCAUCCUGGAACGUGAUCUGCGCAUCAUCUUUGACAAGGCCAGAACACAAGCUUGGCUACCCGGCAUGCUCGACCUGAUCAGGGAAAAGAGGCGAGGUGAGCACGGGCUCACUCUGGCGACUUUUCGCACUGCCGACGCGGCCGUCACACCUGUCGCGAGUCGUCCAAACCCGAGUUCUGCGGUGUUGAGUGCCGUUGGCGGAUCGGCUGGUGCAGCUUCCGAGUUGGAGAGUGCAGAGAGUGCGUCAGGUGCGGAGUGUGCAUCAGGUGCGUCGAGUCGAGCGACCUCUGCUACGCCGGCUCGUGCAGCUGCGACAAACUUUGGCGAUCAUGAUGACUACAACGGUUGGAUUGACGACCAGGAGCACGACGACGACGACGCUCUCGAGUCCGAUCACGCGCACGACGACGCUCUCGAGUCCGAUCACGCGCACGACGACACACUCGAGUCUGAUCAGGAGCACGUUCCUCAGGCAUCAAUUCCACGAGCCAUUGCUCCUCAGCUGCCGUCGACAUCUGGCAACCGCCUCUCUCGUUCUUCGUCUACAGCUGCUCGCACGACAGGAGACGACACUCUAGAAGAACGCGCGCACGUCUCUGAAAUGAUCCAGCUCAUGCGCGAGACCAUCCAGGCUCAAGCAGAUUACCGCAAGGCCGACGAGGAGCGUCGCGAAGACGACAUUGCUCGCGAAGCCCUUGAACGUCGACGUGAUCGCGAAUCGUUUGCAGCGACCAUGCUGCAAGCCGUGCGCAUGCUGCCAUCGCAACCAGGAUCAUCCGCGACACCAAACGACUUGAUCAAUGAGCGCGCAAGCGAGAAUGAGCGUCAAGAAGUCGAGCGCGCAAGCGAGGAAGAGCGUCAAGAAGUCGAGCGCGCAAGCGAGAAUGACCGCCAAGAAGUCGAGCGCGUGAGCGAGAAUGACCGUCAAGAAGUCGAGCGCGCAAGCGAGGAAGAGCGUCAAGAAGUCGAAGGGCUCUUGCAGGUAUCCGCCGGCCCUCCCAAGCGCUCGAAGCGCACUCCUCUCUCCGUCGAGCCAUCAAUGCGCGAACUGCGUCCCCGCCCCGAGUCGAUGGGCGCGAGGCGAUGA